CGUUAAAGAAUUCUUGCGGAGUUUGGGGGAUCUCCUUAAAUGCCUCCUGAUCAGCUGUUAGUUCAGUAGUGACAGCCUUAGAGUAGUUGUGAGUAGUGGAUCUUAGAGAGUCAGACAGUAGGUUAGUGUGUCCAGGUAGGUCUAAGUGGUGAAGAGUGGGACAUUGUCGUGCACCUAACACCACGAUGGACGACUAUCCGAUGUAUGGGUUGCUCGUUGGGUUCUCCCUCUGGGGGACCCUCUGGCGUCUCCUCUUUCCUCUGGGGUUCUGGCACACCUUUACAUGUAGAGUAGAUACCCGGGGUGGUGUCUCCACCAAACCAUACACGAAGGAGGAGGAGGAGAAGAUGACCGCCAUCUUGCAGGAGAGGAAGGAGAAGGAGGCCAAGAAGAAGGCCUUGAAGGAGGAGCAGGCGGCCAAAUUGAAGAAGAUAGAAGAAGAGAUGGUCAGAGAGAAGGAGAGGAUACAGAAAGAAGAGGAAGAAAAGUUGAAAGAGGUGGAAGAGGAGGAAGAAGAUGAAACGCCACUGCAGAGGAAGAAGGGGCAGUACAGUGGCAGUAGGGAUGAGGAGAUGGAGAAGCGGAUCUCAGAGUGGGUCACCAACUUAUCCUUGGGCGAAGAAGAAGAAGUGGCGAUGUAUAUCUCUAAGGACGAUCAGGAAGCCGCUAUGAGAGUUUGGGAAGCAGAAAAAUAUGUUGUAAAGCGGCAGGCAAUGGAAGAUGAGAAGAGAAUGGAAUGGACGUUGGCAGUGAUGAGGGAGAAGAAGAGGAGAGUGAACGCGGCAGCGGAGGCGGCAGAAGAGUUAGAGGAGGUUCUAAUUGCGAUCCACGCGCUGAGAGAUGAGGCCGCCUGUUUUGCAAGGUACCUAGUUCGCGCUGCCAACUGUAGUGGCGAUCACGUUGCGUACUCCUUGUUCACGUCCCUCACCGAAUUCUUGAAGUUGUUGCGCGAGAGAUUCGCUGAUGUCGCCCGCAGCGUUAAAGCCUCAGAUAGGCUGCAGAAGAUCCACUCUCGUAAGUGGAAGAGUGUCAGGGCCCUUAAGAGUACAAUGGAUGAGUUAGUGGCUGUCCCUGACCACGGGGUUACGGACACCCAGUUGGUCGGCCUCUUCUAUCGGGCUUUACCCAAAGCCCUUCGAGGGCAUUUCUUCGCAAAGAGCGAAGACCCUGCCACUACGUACGAUUCUCUUAGUCGUGAUGUGGUGGCCUUUGAGGCCAAGUCUAUGUCAGUGUCUACCUUCUGGCACAAGGACUUAGACAAAGGAAAGCAAUGGAAAGAUCGCACUAUCUCAGGGCAGGUAAAGACCAAGGACAGCCUUGUCCUGACCUUAGAAGAGGGUAGUGUGGAUGAGAUCCCCUACGAACAGAUCGAGUGGGGGUUAGAGGAAGAGGACAGCGGUGUGGGCCAGGGGAGGACUUACGCUGCUAUCGCGGCUGGAGGGAGGCUGCAAGGAGGACGAGGCCAGGGUCAAGGGGGCCGGGCCUCAGGGAGUCGGUUUCAGGGCGAUCAGGGGGUUGCCAGUAGAGGAGGAAACCACCAAGCGGGCGGCAGGGGUCAAGGUCCCCCACAAAACCGUCCUAGGAAUAGGUAUCCCUAUAGGAUUGGUGAGCCGAUGGACCCUGUGAUUGCCAGGCUGCUGGAAGAGUUCAAGGAUCUAAUUGAACCGCCGAUAGGAGUAGUACCGCGGCCCAUCCAGCACCGCAUUGAGAUAGAGCCUGGCAGUAGAACUCCUAAGGGUGCUGUGUAUAGGAUGUCCCCACGGGAGUUAGAGGAGCUUCGCAAGCAAUUAGACGAGCUCCUCGAGAAGGGUUGGAUUAGGCCCAGUUCGUCUCCUUUUGGAGUGCCUGUUCUCUUUGUUCUUAAGAAAGAGGGAGAGCAGAGGAUGUGCAUAGACUAUAGGGGUCUGAAUGCUAUUACAGUAAAGAAUGCUGAGCCACUGCCUAGGAUAGACGAUCUCUUAGAUCGAAUGCAGGGGGCGAAGUAUUUUUCCAAGAUAGAUUUGAAGUCCAGAUAUCAUCAGAUAGAAGUGCAUCCUGAUGAUCAGUAUAAGACAGCCUUCCGGACUAGAUAUGGGCAUUACGAGUUCAUAGUGAUGCCCUUUGGACUAACCAAUACGCCAGCUACAUUCCAGCGCUGUAUGAACGAUUUGUUUAGGUCAUGUUUAGAUAGAUUUGUUGUUGCGUACCUAGACGAUAUCCUAGUGUUUAGUAAGACCCUUGAAGAGCAUCAGAGUCAUCUCAGGCAGGUCUUGGAGAAGCUGAGGGAAACUAACUUCAAGAUCAAUGCAAAGAAGUGCGAUUGGGCGAAAACCCAAGUUUUGUACUUAGGCCACGUCUUAGACGGAGACGGCGUUAAGCCAGAGGAUAGCAAGAUCGUAGCGAUUAGAGAUUGGCCCACGCCACGUACGCUGACAGAGUUGCACUCGUUCCUGGGCUUAGCUAAUUACUACCGAAAGUUCGUGAGGAACUUCUCUACCAUCGCUGCGCCCCUUCGCAGAUUGUUAAGAAAGGAGACCAUCUGGAAGUGGGAUAAGGACUGCACGUCUGCCAUGAAGAAGUUAAAUCAGACAUUGAUAGAGUAUCCAGUCCUUAAAGUCGCCGAUCCGUCCUUGCCCUUUGUCGUCACGACCAAUGCGAGUCAAUACGGCAUAGGCGCAGUGUUACAGCAAGACGAUGGCAAUGGGUAUAGACCCGUAGAGUUCAUGUCCGCCAGAAUGCCUUCAGAGAAGGUCGCGACAUCGACCUAUGAGAGGGAACUCUACGCUCUCAGGCAAGCCUUAGACCACUGGAAGCACUACUUGCUUGGGAGGCACUUCAAAGUCUAUUCCAACCAUGAAACGUUACGAUGGUUAAAGACGCAGGCCAAGAUGACACCUAAGCUUACUAGGUGGGCCGCCGAGAUAGAUCAGUACGACYUCGAGCUCAAGCCUGUCAAAGGGAAGUACAACGUAGUCGUGGAUGCUCUGAGUAGAAGAGCUGAUUACUUUGGGGCAAUAGUACAUUACCUCGAUAUAGGGAAGGAUCUGCAGCAGAAGGUUAGAGAAGCCUACGCGCAGGACCCUAUCUAUAGUGACCUCCUUACGAAAGUCAAAGAGGCCCCAAAGACUGAACCGAACUACCGCACUACCGAAGGGUUGCUUUUUGAGAAGACUAAUGUUUUUGACCGCCUGUGCAUUCCCAGUAGUGAAGAGGUCCGUAGUUUGAUUUUGGGAGAAUGCCACGAUACAGAGGGUCAUUUUGGUUGGCAAAAGACCUUAGCCAAUCUGAUGCGCGCGUAUACCUGGUCGGGGAUGAAGAAUGACUGCGUAGAGUAUGUUCGCAGUUGUAAGGUUUGCCAGCGCAACAAGAGUUCUAGGCGCGCCCCGCUAGGUCUUCUCAGACCCUUGCCUAUUCCGGACCAGCCGGGGGACUCGGUGUCCAUCGACUUCAUGGACACUCAAGUCAAGAGUAGGCAUGGUAAGAGCCAAGUCAUGGUCAUAGUUGACCGUUUUAGUAAGUACGCAGUUUUUGUUCCUUUGCCUUCAGAGGCACGUACUGAUUUAGUCAUACAGAGAUUUUUUGACUGUUGGGUGAGCGAGAAUGGAAUCCCACUGUCUAUAGUUAGCGAUAGAGAUAGUCGCUUUACUAGCCAGAACUGGCAAAAACUCAUGGGAGUAUAUGGAUCUAAGUUGUUGAUGUCGCCCGACCAUCAUCCAGAGACUAACGGACAGACAAAGCAGAUGAACAAGAUCCUACAGCAAGUUCUGCGCAUGUACAUUAGGCCAGAUCAGAUUAACUGGGACGAGAUGUUGCCUAAAGUAGCUAGUGCGUAUGAUAACAGCGUGCAUUUAUCCACCUGCCGCACUCCCAACGAACUGCACAAGUCCUUUAGACCGCGCAGACUAUUUGAGGGACUCAACCGGGAUCAGAUUCACAUAUUACCGCCCGAGACCAGGGAGUUUGCUGUACAGCACGAGAAAGAACUAGCUACUGUUGUAGAGAACCUCAGGAAGGCCCAGCAUAAGAUGAUAGAGCAAGCGAACAAACAUCGUCGCCCCUCACAGUUUCAAGUAGGCGACUUAGUCUGGGUCAGUUCUAAGGAGUUUACACCUGAGGAGAACAUCUCGGAGAAGUUACUGCCCACAUAUAGAGGACCGUGGCCCGUUCUAGAAGUCAAGGGCGGCGAAGAUGGACCGUCCUAUACCAUAGAACUCCCAGCACAUCUCCACACUUACCCAGUUUUUCAUGCAUCAAAGUUAUAUCCUUGUCAGACAAGUGAUCAAUUUCCAUCCCGUAGAUCAAUGAUCCCACCGGAUAUGGAUGGGAGAUAUGACAUCGAUGGUAUAGUGGCUGAAGAUGUCUUCAGAACUGGAGGUAGGGGUCGUCCGAAGAAACAGUACAAGGUUCAUUUCAGUUACCAAGAACCGGAAGACGACCACUGGUUUACAAGAUCUGAACUUCUAGAGACAGCUCCCGAUAUAGUCCGGGCCUACGAGAGACAACAGCGAGGUAAAGGUCCUGCCUUGGACUGAAAUUUUCUCGGAGGACCUCGAAUUUAGGCCGGCGGGAGUGAAACGGUAUUCACCAGUUCG